AUGAUCAAGUCUUUGCUUCAUAAGAUGAAUCAGCCAAUUGACCAUGUGGGGCAGGAGAUGGCGUCGAAGCUGAUGUACUUUAUAUUUGCUGCUGGGUAUGCACUGGCGCUUGUGGUAGGGAUAUUUCUGAAUGACCUGAAGUACACGAUAUUGAUUGGGGUGUUGACUGUUGUUGCUGCUAUUGGGGUUGUUGUGCCUCCAUGGAGGAUCUACCGCAAGAAUCCGCUGAAGUUUGGCCCGCCUAGCAAAGCGAAAGCAGAAUGA